UACGCGCUACGGCACGCUCCACGCGGUCCCCCGACGUGUGCCUUACCCCUCCGCGCAGUGGUGGUGUACGGCCAGUUGCUGUCGAUGCGGCGGCGCGCGGCGGCGGUGUCGGUCGCUCCACUUCAGUCGAGGGCCGAGGUAUAAAGGCGCCCCCACGCCCAGUGCGGGCCGUCAGUCAGCCGUGUGACUCGGUGGCGGAUAGUGCCCGGAAGACAUGUCAUCCCGGCGGCGGUGGACCGACGCGCCAGCCACCACCCACGCGCAGACGAGUCGACCGGCCCCGGGCAUUGCCGCACAUCGCGCGAUCCGGUGCGUCCACCAGUGUUGUGCGUCGGCAGUUUGUGCUUCGUCCGUGGUGCAGUGCCGUCGUCGUUGACGAAUCUCGACGUCGGGGGGCGGGCUCCUUCGCAAUCCUGGGGAUGCUCUCCGACAUUGGUUGUUGCUGCUGAUCGACGUGAGCACGUGCUGCCAUGCGCGGCGAGCCCCGGCCUUUCGGCAAUCGGCUGCUUCGGUCCGCUAUCCGUCUGCUGUGAGCGAGCGCGGACACUUCUUCUCCGGCAGCGGGGACCCAUGGAUGCAGCCAUGCGUUGGCGCAGGACUUGGCUGGCCACCGCGGGCCUCGCCUUCUGCCUCGGCAUGACCGUCGGCCUGCUGCUCCCUUUGAGGGAGCUGGCUCGCAGCGGCAACAACAGCAGCAGCAAGGCGGAGGCCGGCUCGCAGCAUGAGCGGCCGGGCAAUGCGUCUUCCAGCGGCCCCCCUCCGCCGCCGACGGGGAGCGCCGCCGCAGCUUCCCGUGCGCUCAACGGAUCGGACCUGUCGCUGCUGCCUCGCCGCUCCGAGAAGGGCACGGUGCGAGGAAUUUUCUGGGCGGGACCCGCGGAGCGACUGGUCGCCGCGGGCUCUCUGGCCAGCGAAGAGGACGUGUCUCGGUGGCGGGCCACCGCCAGGAGAUCGACCGUCCGCGCCGUGUACGAAGGAUGCGGCCGCAUGCAGAACAGGCUUAUCGUGUUCGACACCGGUGUGCUCAGCUGCGCCCGCUAUCGCCAGAACAACGACCAGAUUCAGGGCGAACUCUUCUCCUUCUACUUGUCCCGUGAGCUGGGCAUUCGGAAUCUGCCGUCCGCGCUGCUGACCCGGGCCGCCGGUCGGAGCUGGGAUCCCGUGCGGUCGAGCCUCGAGCUGGCCCAAUGGCGUUCGGACAGACCGGUGGUGCUCACGAAAUUUGUGGACGACUUGGUGCCUACCUUCAUUCCGGAGGAAUUCCGGUCGCCGACCACUCGUCGGCUGCAUCCGCCCGACGUCGUUAACAAGACGCAGAAGGAGAUCCGAGACCUCAUCCAGUGGUCGGACUUGAUCGUCUUCGACUACCUCACCGCGAACCUGGACCGCAUCGUCAACAACAUGUUCAACCUGCAGUGGAAUCCGGACAUGAUGAACGCCCCCGCGCACAACCUGGUCCGGCAAAAGACCACGGGCCUCCUCGUGUUCCUGGACAACGAGUCCGGGCUCGUGCACGGCUACAGGCUGCUGGACAAGUACGAAGUAUUCCAUCGAUCCCUCCUGGACUCCCUUUGUGUAUUUAGGAAGGGCACGGCCGAUGCCGUCGCCAGACUCACCCGUGACAGGGACAUAGGCCGAAGACUGUACAGUGCUUUUAACAGCAGUGACCCCGGCAUGGAUAAUUACCUGCCUUUCCUGCCGGAGCGCAGUGUCAAGAUCCUCAACAAGCGGCUGGCCCAGGUGAACGCACAGAUACGCAGGUGCAUGGAUAAGUACGGCCAUGUUCUACGGUAGACCCUUCGACGACCUUUAGGCAGAGGACAAUGGUACGUUGUUGGACGACUCGCAGGGGGUGAGUUGUUACGUGUGGCAAAACAUGUUCGCUCUUGUGAUACGUACGCAACGCCAUGCCGGAGUGAGUGUUGCUAUGGCGCUGUGCGAGCGGUCUCCAAAGAUGCGUCUCGGCCCAGGCAGCGCACGGAUAGUCAAGGUGUGUUCUGACUUCCUCGUUGGUAUACGUCCCGCGGCUAGCGUGGCGAGACGCAGGAAAUUUGGAACUCUUUCUGUUGUACGUAGCAGGGCCUGUACUGGCAGCGGCAUGAGACAAUCGGAUCGGGAUUACAUGACCCUCGCUGCAGCUGUAGACCAAACUCUUGUUUAUACGUAUCUACUGUAGAAUGUUGCAAACGUCGGACGUGCUCUGAGGGCAGCAGCACCCGAGAACUUACAUAUGUACUUGUUAGGUAAUUUAUUAAGUGUUUCCUCCUUUUAUUUUGUGUCUGCCACGUCUAGCGAGAGGUCAAUGGCAGGAGGUUUGUUGCUGCACGAUGACUGGGCAGUAGAUAAUUACCUGGUGCGUUUUCGAGACUUGGAAUGUUACUGGUUCACUAGUACCUUCUUGAAAGCCGGCUCACUCCGCCCGGUCUCCACAGUUGAGAAUUUUGAGAGGGAGCAAAACUUGUUAUUUAAUGUUUGCAACAGAACAAUCUUCGUUGCUCACAUCACGCUGAGCGAGAAUCAAAUUCGCGCUACACGUGGUCUUGUUACAAAUUUGAUUCUGAUAUUUUUCCGGAACAAUAUGAAAAUAGAUUUCUGACCACCUGUGGGACUAGUGGGCUCCACAGUUUUGCAAUAUAUCGCUCAAGUAUUGCCACUGAGUGCUUGCAAAUACAUACAACUUCCGCAUUUGGAUAUCUCGCGCGGCUGUAUUGUCAGCCCUAAGAAGAAAAACAAAAACUCAUAAUUUUACGAAGCCUUCAAGCGAGUCUUCAUUCUUUGAAAAGAGAAAAGAUCGCAAGUUCUUUACGAAACAUGAUGGAACAAAUGCCAAAGAUUUCUAUAACGUCAACUUUUAUCGCACGAUCCCAAUCGCCUAUUCAGGCUCACUGGACUAGCAAAGUAUUCUGCACGUUGUGAAAUGCUUAAGUGCCACAUUACCGAACUAUUUCUCGUGGUUAUUGUAUUGCUUGUUUGAAAGAAAUUAACCAGAAAAAAGAAAGGACGCAAUCGAAGCAACCAGGUGUUUCAGUUAUCAACGCUUCCGACCUCCUUCAAGGAAAGAGCGAAAGCGCCGACGUAAUAGCAACAGCACCGCCAUCACAUAGGUGUUUCAAUUGAUAACGGUGUCCACUCCUUGCGCGGGAAGAAAACAAAAUUGAACUGUGGUCACGAUGCCCGCAUCGUCCAAUCGGAGAGGGUAUCAGCACCCUCGCCACCCCGUACCACAAAUAGAUAAGUCAGAAGAGCUCACGAACUCCUAAACAGUUCUCACACUCGGUCAAUAGCUCAAUCAACGCGCAUAUCUUUAGAGAACUGUGUUACUCGCUCAAGUAUUCGUGCCGAGCAACGAGUGCCUCAUCGCCGGCGCGUUCGCAGCCGGCCUGCAUCGUUUCCUCAAACAGAGAUCACCACCGAAAGGCUAGGGAAAAAAAACAUCUUCCCACUCCCAUAGCACAGCGGUGAAAUGCCGACACGCACGCCCAGAGCGCGGUGUUAAAAGCUAACGAGGAAGGCGCGCAAGGUACCACGGAGGAGCAAGCUCAAGUCAAAGAGUCGUGCACCGGCACACACGCCCCACUCAGUGUACAGCUUUUCUUCUUCCUCCUUUUUUUCUCCCUUUAUUACAACGCUUUCUUUUCCUCUUCGUGCUCCCGACGUUCCUGGUAGCGAGUUCGUUAACGCUAUACCACCACGGAAAAAUAGUUGCGACGAGGAGCCAGAACAAAGAAGAAGAGGGUUGAGAGGUUGACUCCUCGGAAAUGGUCCCGUCUUGGAGAGAGUCGAAGGAGAGGGCUCGGGGGCGAGGAAAAGGAAGGGGGGGGGGUUGCUCGCCCGCCCCUUAAUGAGGAUUUCAUGGCGAUAGCCACCCGUCCGUGCGUCCUGGCUCGAACGUACGCUUGCACGAGAGAAGCGGCACCCUUCCGGACGAACAGCCCAAACAGGUCGCUCACGACGCGCACCUCUGCAACGCAACGGUGAUGUGCACGCACGCAGCCGUGGUGCCGUGACCCGCGUCUCGUUAUCAAUUACCAGUGUUUGCCCGCCGUGCGUGGCCCGGCACUCGCACCCCCCUCCUACCCCAACACAACCUUCCUGUACGCCUCCCCCCCCCCUCACUCCCUGCGUCUCUCCUGCCUCUCCAUCCCCGCCAAUCGGCACUCUCACGACGUAGCUACCGUUGUGCCACGAUGGUCACGACCUGGCGCUUAACACGCACGCAAUCAACCCCCGAUGCCGCGCCCGUUCCUCAGUCCCGUUUUUCGACGCCGUCUCGAGACUCGUGUCGGUCCUUCGGGAGAUGCACGGAGCCGGCGUGCGCACGUGAGAUAUGGACGUACGCACGUAAAGACCAACGAUUCGCCGUAAUGGAGAGUCACACCAACGAGUCAUCUAAGAAAUUUUUCCCUCGUCAGUCAUUCUGUCGUCGGACCUCAAUAGGUACCAGGAGGUUCUAGCACUCCCAGCGGCCGUCUUUCGUAGCCGUCCUUCACAGCUGUCUUUUCGGCGAGUCGUCCAACGAGUGGGAGGAUGGUUCUGACAAAAGACGUGCAUUGAAGAACACGUUCUUUAGCACAAAUCGAUACGCGAAGGGCAAAUAACUUAUUGGUACGUGCAAUACAUGAAAGCAUGAAGUGUGAGCGUUUUUGGAUUCCGAAUUAGUGCUAAUGUUACAAACGCAGAUGAGCUGGGAAAAAAGAGCAAUGGAUGCAUUCGGGUAGUUUCGGAAUUGCUCGAGUUUGAAUUUAUGCUGCUGGUACGGGAAAACAUGCCCGCCACAUCGCGCAACUCAUUGUGCCCGACAACAGUGUCCAUUAGGUUUCCAGUGUUUGUUCCGCAAUGGUCCACACAAUUUCUCUCGCGACAUUUCGAUCAUUGGCUACUUGGUACUUGGUCAUUUAGAACGGAAGCAACUCUAACAGCCGAAGCAACCAUGUUUUUGACGACUCGACCGACAGAUCGAAGGGCUUCAAAGCACGUGUGCUUACUACUUCGAGCGUGACACAGGUGCGGAAAAACUAUUCCACGCGUCAUGUGAGCAUUCUUACCAACAAACGCGUCUAAGUCACGUACAGCUGUUCUGUCAGGUUUUCGAAAGAUUUUUAACCUUCCGAGCCAUCUUCCCGAUCCGACGACCGAGGGAUAGCGUUUGAUAGCUUAAGCAAUGAAGGUCAUCGGUAUGAAAGCACUCGUUGGCUGGUAAAAUGCAAGUUAACGGGCCUUGAUUUUCUAACCUAAUUGGAAUUCUCAAAGAUUUGAAGAGUGUUUAGGCGGUGAAUGAAGGAGGAGUAUUUUUGCGCUGCAAUGAAAGGUGAAUUUUCAUAGAUAUUCAACACGGCACUGUUUCACCCAGAAAAAGAAGAAAGUUUCCGAUGUAUCUCUGGUAUGGCGUAUGUUGUUGCGAGUAAAUCCGUCAAUAUCUUGCUUUCAGUUUUUAGGUGCCGCUUGUCGAACCUUCUGUCUAACACUUCAUUCCUACGAAUUAACCACAUUGCCGGAUAUUUUUUUUUUACCUGGAUGGUACAUUACAACCCAGAAAUAAAGGCAAAGUAAAUACAGAAAGGUAGCAUAGGAUAUGAUAUCGAUUCUUGUGGGUACCAAUGAAAUGUGACUAUUGCCAGCACUAUGCAGUGACAAAACAGCGACAUUUCGAUACAUGCCCGGACGUUCCUAACGAUUACUUCGGCUAAAGAUGUUUCGUGCAUCUGCGUUUGGAAACUACAUUUUUUAGACAGCGUAACAUGGUAAAUUCCUGUACCUAGUUGUUUAUUGAUGAUAUACCUGCCAAUGAACCGACAGUCAAAUGGAUAGUACGCCUUCUCGACUUCAAAACUUACACUGAAUUCGUUUCUGUCAUGUCUGUCGCUCACAACAUGUGCGUGAUGUUGCACAGGGGCCAACCAACAAUAUCAAGUGUUUGUCUAAAAAUAUCAUUGAACUUUGUCAUUACAAAGGCAGCCUUUAAAAUAUCAUAAGGGCUCUUGCAGCAAUUUAUUCCGCAAUACACGUCCUGUUGCAGCAGAUAAUUACGUACAGACUUCAGUGCACUAGCCAACUUUUCAUAUGUUAAAACAUUUUAUGAGGCGGCAUUUUUUUUAAAAUACAGAUGAAAGGACGAAAGAUAAGAUCCUGCCAUACCUGCUACCAGCUCGUUGGCGUUAAAUGGUUGAGUUCGUAUCGAUAUGCUUGCGAUGAGACACCAUGGUUUCUGCUCGGUCGAAGAUGUUGCUGUAAACUUAUUCCCUGCUCUCAAAAUCCUAUAUCAACAGUGAAAACUGAAUUAUAAAAGUUGUAAUUAACACAUUGAGAAAUACGUUUUCAAGAGCACGCGUAUCAAGUAAAGACGAUGCAAGGAGUAGGAGCGAAAGAAACCCUGCUUAAGGAGCAUUCCUGUAGCGGACGUUGUCGUCUCAUAGAACUCGACGUCAUAAUUGUGAGGUAUUACAUGGAGCUACAACCCAGGCGAAGUUUAAAUCCGUUUGAAAAUGUUGCGGCAGCAGAUGGCUUGACCUUGUGCAAUGUAGUUUGGGAAUGGACGUUAAUCGGUGCAUGGCCCGCUGUCAUUUGCUUGUUCAGUGCCACUGUGUAUGGUGGCAGGUAAAGCGUUUUGUGUGGAUCCUGUGUGAAACCGGAUCACAUCUCCGAGCGAACCUCGCGCUAUAAUUCUUUCACUUCAAUUCUCCCUCUCUAAUUUUCGCAUCGUUCCACGAAGGCUUAAAUGCUAGACUUAAUUUCACAGAAUUGAAGCAUAAGCUCACUCACUUUCUUACGCAUCGUCCAGGAAGUAAACGGUACGAAAUUACUUCAUGCUAUUGCUUCCGCAAAGAAAAUGCAUGCUUUUGGUGCUGGAAAGUACGGGAUUCAGUCUUACCGUCUCAGCACACACCUGUUACGUAUUACCUUAGGCAGGAGAAGUUGCUUUACGACUAACAAUGCUUCGUUUGACAACCAACGGAGGAAACAAUGAAGCGCGCAGAAGGCGGUUUGGCGCAAAGCAGGUUUUUUUUUUUUUGCCCUCUCUGCGAUUGUACUUGACGCAACAUCAAUUAACCCAACAAAGCAAAAAAAGAAAUUGUAGAUAUGUGAAGUAACUUUAUGUCACAUGAAAUUGUUAUGAGUGCUGAAAAACGAAGGGCUCUUCAGUUAGUCCCUGAGGACAAGCCUAAACGCUCACAUUACAUCGCUUCAGCUCUCCCGAAGGAGGAUUCUCACCAACAUAUGCACUUAAGUUUUGCUUGAGUCCACAAACCCAAAAAGCGACGAAGAGCUAGUUCCGAGGGAAGGGUCGAAGGAGGAAUGUCGUCGAUAAGAAACCCUGUGGCCGCAAAGCAUGCAGUAGGAGGGCUUCUAGAUUUUAGCUUACAGAGGUCCGCGAUGCCUCAAUAGAUAUAUUACUAGAGACAUAAGUACAUACAUAAAUAGAUAUAUAGGCGGAGAAAAGGUAAGGAGGGGGAAGUUAGUGAUACUAGGCAUUGUCAUAUUAGCUACCCACACUUAUGAAGCGAGAGAGAGAGUGCAAUAAAAAGAGACAGGAGCUGAGGUUGAUUACUCGCGUUAGACAAGCCACGGCGUCCGUGCGGUCGGACGUUUAGGUGCGUCGCCUUCCCAGGCACGCGCUGUGCAGACGUCACACAUACGUCACGGGGGAAGGCAAGGCGAUCGUUACGCGGACGGGGACCCGUCACCGUGGCUACAGCGAGCAAGAGGGCUUCUUCCCAAACAAGCUCGCGCGACUCCAGACGCGGAAGAGCGUCCAGUCGUAAAAACCGCAACCGUCCGCAGGGCGCGUCGCCGAGAUCCCUCGCCGGCUCAUAAACAACCGCAAAAUACCGCGAUCGUCAUCUUUACAGCCCCGGAAAGAGUGAAAGAGAACGCGCAGAGCAUGUACCGCUCGCUGUGUAUCACCGACUGGACGGUAGCGCCUGCGGAAGGCGUUAGCGGAAAGCGCUUAGAGAGACGCUAAAGAGGAAUAUUAAGUUAAGCUGCCUAAGGAGUUACGCUUCUGCGCUAGAACAAAGUGGUAACUCUCACUUUGAAGGGAGGGCGAGUGCCGCGAUGCACGGAAGCGAAAGAUGGCUGGAGGUACCUUUGAAAACUUCGCCCCGGCACGCUGUGAUGUCAUGAAGUUUGAAUUGAAAACGGUCGUUGGGGUCCAGUUUAACACCUUGUUGAUAGUCAGUAAUACAUUUCAUCCGGAAGGAACCAAAUAUUUGGCCUAGUAAGUUCUACAGAGAUGAAAGCAAGUAAAAUAAAGGUUGCAAAUCCGAGACAUCAGGCUGACGUACCAGCGCUGCGGUUCCUCCGCCAAAUUGAAGCACCCCCGUUCUUCUUUUUUUAACAGCUAGUGAUCAACUUGAGUCCCGGCAAGCAAAUGAAAACUGAGAAUUUUAAAAGAGUGUUUGCUAUUGCAAAUUCAUUUAGUGUUGUUCUGCAAUGUAUAUCAUAAUGCACUCGUUGGUGUGGCUCUCAUACAGUCUCACACGUGACCCUGUCAGAGCACAAGCUUUACGCUGCCAUUUCACAACCAGCCGCGCGAAUCAGCUGUCCUAAUUAACGACUCUUCGACGAGUAGCGUUAACCCCAUCUACCCUCCACGCUAGUCCGUCACUAGCUGACCGUGCUUCACCGGGGGUGGAUUGUUCGUUUGCGUGCGCGCGCGCGCGCGUGUGUUCCAACUCAGCAAGAAUUGAGACGUUUGUGGAGCGGUAGAAUUAAUGGCGUCCCUCUCAGAAGAACCCGCAGCGGCAUCGCCAGCACCGUCCAUCGUAGUCCGCAUACCACUCUAACGUUUUUCUUUCUCGCUUUUUCUUUCCUUGCUUCAGCAACGCCGUUGCUUCUUUCCGAAGAUUCGUUCGUUUGUUUUUUUUUCAACCGCCUCUGCUUCGCUUUGUUGUUUCGUUGUUUCCUCCUUUUCGCAUUCCUGGUCCCCCUCUCGGCCGCCGUGGCUGGUCGAAGGCAGCCGUCAUGACCCCUCGUGGAGCCGGGCUCAUUUAGUACGUUCCCGGCAAGGCCUUCAAUUGUCCCGCUCUCCCCUAUUUCCUCCUCAGCUUUCCCCCGUUUCAUUUGUUCAAACGCUUCGCAUUGAUCGCUUUCGAGGGCAAGCGGCGCCUGCGCAGCUUUGGGGUGCUAAUCGUUUCGGUGUCCACCCGGGCCGCCUGUGCUUGUUUCCCACUGCCUUCACCAUUCAGUUCAUUACUUUCUUUUCUCGCCUCUGCGCGCUUCUCCGGCGCACCUUGUUCUUUCGCAUGCCGUUGAGACACAUGGGGCUGAUGCUAAACGCAAAGAGCGGGAGGGCCGUCUGUUUGUGACAUUCUUUCUCCGUGCGUGUCUUUGUGAGUGCCGGUAGUUCAAGCCUCACUGCACUAAGGGAUACGUAUUUUUUUUUUUUUUUGUCGAAUGGAAUCGAAUCGUGUCGAUCUGUAUUUGCCGCUGCUUGUAAAAGCCGGUGGUCAGGCCUCACUACGUUAGGUUCCCUCAGAUCGCAUCAGAUUGUGUCAAGCUUUAUUUUGGCAUUAGCAAUCGCAUUGUUCCGUUAAAUCAGAUCACAUUGUGACGAGCUCUAUGUGACGUCGUGAGUGCUCAACACAAGAGCGGAGAAAAAAAAAACUCAGACGCAAGCGCAGACAAAAAAAAAGAAAAAAAAACCACCGAACAAGGAAUGCCUUGAGCGGGCCUGUGGCCACUACAGCAAAAGAUUUGAACUUAGUUAAAAAAAAAAAAAAACAUUUGGGGGGAACCAGCAGGAGUAGUACGUCUGCCAAAAACAAAGAUAAUAAUUACGCAGAUCCAACGCAAAGCUUUGUAUAUGCGUGAAGCAUUGGAACAGACGACCUGUCUCACCAUCGGACACGCGAUUAUUUUUUUUUUUUUUUCAAGUCUUAGCUAUUCGGCAAGACUGAAGGAUCACCCAGAAUCACCAGACAGGGAAGUCCAGAAGAGCUCGCAUAGAAGGCUUCGCUUUAAUACGCAAACACAGCUGGUAACCGUUAUGCUGGUGUAAUGAGACGUACUGAAUACAAAAGCGAGAAAUCGCGAUAUUUGCAGCAUAUAUUUUAGGAAGACAACAGCUCAUAGCGGUAGGAGAAACAUCAUGUCGCUCCACAUUAUGUGACACGAUAGCGCGCAGGAUAUUUUCGGGCUGUAAGACUUCGGCUACUGUUUCGUAUUGGAAUGUACAGUUUGAAGGCUGAUGGGGCUUUUUUUAUUGAGUAUAUUGAAAUUUUCGUUACGAGGUACGUUGACGAGCAUCCGUAUUGCUGAAACUCUGUCGAAAGCCAUUCUCAUCAAACUUACACCACGAAUGCAGUGAAUAUUUGAGGCGUUUUAAUUACCGGCUCUCUUUGGCUAAACACCUUGGUGGACGACCAAAUGAAUUAAAAGGAAUUCUUGUAUUUAUGGCGCUGUGCAUUUGUUGUUACAAUAUAGGCGCACAGUUUUUCAGCUUGAUAGAAAAUUUCUUCACCUGGUUGCUCAGAACAGUAGUUCUUGUUUGAUGUAUAGGACAUGCAGACCUAAAAUUACAAAAAGAAAAUGUGACAUUUGUCUGACGACCAGUAGUGGUAUGCGAUUCCAGAAAAAAAUUUUAUCUCGUGCAUUUCGCGCCGUGCAAUAAUAUAUAAAACUCGCAAUUACACUUCAAUAUAACAAACACGAACGGCCAUAUUGAAAUGAUGAUCAAAAUUGUCGAAGGAAUUGUAUUUGUGGAGUCUCGGCAUCCUACUGAAUGUGAAAAACUGCUUUUGAAUCAGUUUUGACUGGACUUCAGAUAAGGAUGCGUUUAGUUGUUCCAAGCACUCAGUGUUAUACUUCUGUUGAUUUGUCAUUGCUUAUUUUGAAGGUGCGAUUGAAACCCACGCACCAGGGACAUUCUCUCUCUUUUUUAUUUCUUAAAACAGAUUGGUGAUUUUGUUCUCGAACUGUUGUGGAGCAAUUUUUAUACUUCUUGUGGCAGGACCUGUGAGCACCUGAAUGUCUAACUUUGUGAUCGUGACUUACCUUUCCCGCACGCCCACUCGCUAAUUCCUAUAGAAUAUACGUUCUCUCCAGCUGUUAUUAUGGUACGGGCGACGUUAGUUCCUUGAUUCACCUAUGUGCGUUAUCGUGGAUGACAAAAGAAAAGUUUGCAUUGGUUCAAUAAAUCUUGUAACAUAGGCACUUUUAUUCAUCGCAGUAGUAUAAAACAUGUCGGUUUCACACCGUUUAAAUUUUUUUACGCUAUUGGUCUGCACUCUAUUGAUUGACUGAAUGAUUUACUUGUAUGAAGCUUAAAAUAUUGAAAAGUGACAUGUUGCCAGUUUCUUUAAGACCUUUCAGUAAGGCGAAGUCAUCACUCUAGUAAGAAAAGUUACCAUGACUUCACUUUGUCUGUUUUGUUUCGUGUGUGGCGUAAUGGAACCGUUGAACGUUUCCUGUACAGACGCAAAAUCAGUAGCAUUUUGGUGUCUUCCGUAAUAAACGUCGUAUUAAGCCCUCAUAAAGGUUUAAGACGGCGCUGAACCAGCAGGACACCGAUCGACUGGCUAAGAAGGCGACUGUGGAGACCUCUAGCGACUCACUAAGAGUUAGCACUGUGCAUUGUUGUUUGCAAAGCAGCAUCGGCUGAAACGAACCUGUAUACGUAUUUUCCUGUGGUCGCGAAUCGGUUCUUGCAAGGCUGACACCACGGGAGAAAAAUGUGCUAGUCCCUGUACAUAACUUCAGGUCUCGUGGUGUUCAGUCCUUGCAUGAACAAUUGUUCCUCUUUACGUGCUUGCUUGGUAUCACGAAGUGUGCUUGCCCCAAAGUGCGCAUGCAACGCCGGAUGUGACGUAAAAGAAAAAUAUUGUUCACAAGGGUGUGUGCUUAUCCUGUGUAAUUUAUACCGUGAACUGUUGUAAAAAAAAAAAGUACGCGAGAUUUUUUUUCUUUGCCUAAAUUAUAUGUAAAUAUGAUAAAACAAAAUAAAAGCAUCGUUUUUACAAGA